AGCCCCCAAAUUGCCCGCGUAUCUUCAUUCUCAGCUAAUCAAAGAGCUUGCCUUUAACUCGCUCAGCGAUCAUCUUCCAGCCUCGUUCCACCACUUUGUAUUAUAAGGUAGCCUGUCCACACGCCUGAGUCAAUUCUCAGCAGCUAUUCCACCACCGAGUGAAAAUGCCGCCGUUCAACGCAUCCCACCCAUACCUUGCGCAGAAUGCAACGUUCAAUAUCAGCGUUCCUACCAAUGCAACUUGCCCUAGUGACGCUCCAGCCCACGGAGUAUCAUGGCAAAGCGCAUACUGGUCAGUCAUGGCCUGCUCUCUAGCCGUCCUCCUACAAGAGACGGGAAAAGUAGUCAACGCACCGUACCGCAUCAGCUAUGCUCUUCGUGCAUCUCCGCUUAUCUGUGCGAUCGAUACGUUCCUCAUGUUGUUGAAGUUCAUGGUCAUGCUGGCUGUGGGUUGCUCGCCUAGGAUGGCAGUCAGGCAUGUGUGGUAUGACCGGUUUGUGGAAGAUGAAGAUAUAGGGGAUAGAUCGUGGGUGGUUUGGGUUUGGCGGGAUUUUUCGCGGAAACAUCGUCUAAGCAGUACGACCGGUAACGACCCCUCCUGUGUGGGGGUGCCACAAAACGAUGGUCCCACUUUCGAUGGUGAAGCCCAGGGUACAUCCUCGGGUGCUCCUCCUGGUUCUGACAAUGGGGAGAUUCGUUUAGCCGAUGUACAACAUCUGAAUACCACGCCCGCAAUCGACACGGUCGAGCCUACCCCGAUACCGAGUCGAAAGGAUGACCUAGAUUCCACCGAUGCGGAACUUGGGUGUUCAAGAGCUCUUCCUGUGAUGAGCAAAGAGGGAAGCGACAUUGUCAGUCUACCGGCAAAUUAUCCGCCGGGAUCCAGUGCAAUACUCAUCCGUCGUUCCUCCCAACCCGGUACUGGGGUCACUUCAAGCGUAACUCAGACUGAAGCCAUUGCAACGCAAGAACCCGACCAGCCCGAUGGUAAAGAUGUAGCUCCCACGUCAGGCAGUGUCUCAAUUGUACAUCAAGAACAAUCUCCAAACAACGCCACCGACGAAGCCCCAACCACAGUCGGACAAUCCCUUGAUCGUCCCAGCCCUUCCGAAGUGUCUAUCACGUACAUGACGGAUCUUCCUGGCUGCGCCGUUGAUCGCAGCUGGAGACUUAGCAUGGUCAGUUUUAUCUUCGGCGCGUUACCACAGGCCGUCAAGGUAUUUGCUAUGAAGGGAAUACCAGUCACACAGAUCGUGGUCGCUUUUCUAAUCAGUUCAUUCAUCACCUCGGAGGUUUUCCGCUCGGUCGCUGGGCCCGUUGGCCUUUCCAAUCUCUAUCACCCGCCAGUCGUCCUUCGUUGCAAAAGAAUUUUGUCAUCCACGCAUCUUACGCACCUCGCGUUCAUAGCGUGUUAUUCUUAUCUUAUUCUACUUUCAUGUGUCAUGGUGUUUCUGGAAGUUCCGGGUCCGGCUGGCUCGGUACGUAAUGGUGUGUUUGCUUACAGUUUCAUCCCUUGCUUCGCAGUCGCCUCGUGGCUCUCAAAUCGCAUGGUUGAUCUGCUCGAAUACUACGUCUUCUCUAAGACUUUUGCAGCUUAUAUCAAAAGCAGGUCACUACAUGUGAGCCACUGCAAGCUUUUUGAUGGGUUGCGUGGAAAGCUCUUGUUGCUCGUUCCGAGAUCAUUGAUGCUAGGACCGUCUCGUGUAGAGUCCCACGCUGUUUGGUUGGUUGUCUUUCCAGGCUUCUUCGCUGGCAUCGUGUGGGUCUAUUGGCGGUUUUCCUCCUUGAUUGUUACCUUGGGCUGGGGUACGGCCACGAUAUUCAUAGGUCCUACUUUCAUAAUCACGCCUGCGUAUAUGCUCGUACUGUCGCACGUCUUAUACCACGUCAUAUUCGCGAAUUCCCUUGCCGAUCCUCUCCGAUACAUAUGCGGCGUAAAGGGCACACUAGACGAGUUUGCCACGGGAAUCUUUCUUCUUCUUAAUGUAGGGCUCACGCUAUUUAUGUAUAGUGUUACAUCAGGAUUUAAUGAUAACUUGACGUUCAAGCCUAGUUGGACGGAGAUGCUAGGAUAAUCAAAUGAGAAACUCUUUCUAUUAAAGUGUUAUAACGUGCAUCGGGUGUAAAGCAAGUAG